CCCCCGGUGGCGCAGGCGGAGGCGGCGCAUGGGGCGCGGCGCGGCGGGCGGCGCGCGGCGCUCCCGGCGGGGCAGCGCGGCCGCGGGCGGGACGCGCCGGGCCCGGAGCAGGAAUGUGGGGGGAAGCCCGGCCGGGGCCAAGGCGGAGCCCCCCGGGCCCGGCGUCAUCGAUCUGGGGGCGCAGAGCGGGCGCUGGGCCGCCUUCCAGGAGCGGCACCGGCUGAGCUGCGAGGAGGCGGCGCGGCUGCUGCUGGACGCGUAUGAGUACAGGGGUUUGGUGAAGCACACAGGAGGCUGUCACUGUGGAGCCGUCCGCUUUGAGGUCUGGGCUUCAGCAGACCUGCACGUGUUCAACUGCAAUUGCAGCAUUUGCACAAAGAAACAGAACCGCCACUUCAUUGUGCCAGCGUCGCGUUUCAAGCUGCUGAAGGGUGCUGACAACUUGACAACAUACACCUUCAACACACACCGUGCCCAGCACACGUUCUGCAAGACCUGUGGUGUUCAGAGCUUUUAUACUCCUCGUUCUAACCCUGAUGGUUAUGGAAUCGCUCCCCACUGCCUGGAUGAUGGCACUGUGCAGACCAUUAUCACAGAGGACAUCAAUGGCAAGGAGUGGGAGAAAGCAGUGAGGGAACACAAGACCAUCAGAGACAUGUCAAAACCCUGACCCACCCUUCCAGCAGCCUUGGGAGCACUGCCAUGGAACUGCAGUCUGGGGUUUCCUGGGUGAUGGUUGGUGAAGUCAAUCUCUAUGUUACUGUUACCUGUUCUCUCUUUCUUAAAUAAAUCUUUCUAUGCUGAUUGUCUCAUUCCUUUGUGA